AUGUUGAAGACGUUUCUGAUAUCAGCUCUUCUGUUUACCGUGGUAAAAUGUGAUGUUUUCGACCAGUUGACACAAGAAACACGCAAGAUCAUCAACGACAGUUUGAUCCCAGGAGCUGAAAUCAGGCAAUGCACAUGUGAAGAACAGUCCGAGUGCGUCAAAGAGAUGAAGACCCAGGCCUUCGAGUGUGUGGAUACCUGCUGGGACAAGUUUGGCUCCAUUUCCAGCAAACCAGACGAACUGAAGAAGUGCUUCUCUGACAGAGACGACUUGAUGGACUCGGUGUUGGACUGCUUCGAACACAACGUCGACUCGUAAGUGUUCAUUGAGUACCUCAUACUGUAAAGUAUCUCGAGAAGCAAAAUUCAAAUCCUUUAUCAUUUAAUUUUGAUACGUUUUUGUCACUUUUUGGCUACUUUUCAUUGCUUUUCCAAUCUGCUACAUUCAUCUAAAACCAAAAACUAUUUCAGAUGCCUGGCCAAACACGAAGACAAGAAGAUUCAACCAGUCGACAUUGACAAGAUGUUCACUUUGGGAGUGGAGCGUAUCAACAAGACUUCAGCCAAGAUGACCAAGACCUUGUCCGGCUCGAUCAGGAAGAUAGUCGACACCGUGGGAGAGUUCGGACUCUGUGUUAAAGAUUGUUUCGUAGCCAAGAACAAACCAGAAGGUUACUGCUUCACUCGAAAAGAUUGUCAGCCUUCGAUCGCUGACAAAAAGGCGAGGAAGACACUGAAAACGUGUACCAAACAGAUCGACUUCAAAAAGGAAGCUGGAGAACUAUGUGAAUGUACAGUUAAGGCCGGAUUAAAGUGAGUUUUUACGAUGAUUAUAAAGGUUUAUACUACGUAACUCACACACUCAAAGUAUACAAAUCUUCAAGAAUGAUAGUAUCAAAAAUAAUCUUUUAUAACAACUCUAAAUAUUACAUUGCUUUACAAAAUAAAAUUUCAGUGAGCUAUCACAAUACUGCCCCAUGCUGAAACUAAUCGGUCAAAGAGGAGGACGCAAAGGAUAA